CAUUAUUCAUUAGUUGAUGCUCGCCUUUCAUCUCAGCGACAUGAAAAAAUGCAAUUUGACAGCAAAUAUCUCACAAAGGAGGAAAAAUUGUUCGUUCAAAGCACAUUAGAAGACUCUCUUGAAUUGCGAUGCACAACAGUAGCUCAAGUGUAUACAACGGACCCAAUUAUGAAGAAAACAUGGACUCACGUCUCCACGGGAGUCCUUUUUAUCGCAAAAAAUGACGUAAACGGCUACACACUCGGAUUAUUUCAUCUCUUACGCUGGAUGAUUGAAUGGGAAGAGGAAGUUUACCAAGAAAUGACGCUCAAAUAUGAAAAAGAUCGCAUUAUAACGCUCGAGGGAAAGCGACGCGUUUUCCUGCUUAACUUCCUCUGCGACAAGGAAUGUCGUCAAUUUUUGAAAGUUUUUAACGAAAUUCACGACAAAAUCUGUGAGAACGAGUACGAACCCAUCGAAGAGUAUCCCGAAAAUGAAUAUGAACCCAUAAACGAGGUGCCAGAAACGCCAAAAAAGGAGAAAAGGAACAAUUUUUUUGCGUUUUUGAGUCGAAACAAGGAAAAACAAGAGUCAAAAAAUGAAAAACGAAAAAAAUUAAUAAGUUCACCGAAGACUGAAACUUUUCAACAUACGGCUCAUGCGGGAUUUAAUGCGAACGGAUUGGUUAUCGAGGGAGUUGGAAUCGAUAUUUUCCAAAAUUUGAUCAAACAAGCGGGAAUUACACCCAACGAGUACAACCAAAAUAAGGAAUUUAUCGACAAAUUUGUGGAUACUCAUAAGAAUAAAAUUAACACGGAAUAUAAAAAAAUGCCAGAAAUGGAUGAAGAACCAAAGAAAUCAAUCACAAAAUUCGCUUCUGAGUUAAAUUUGAACGUAAAUUUAGAAUUAUCGGAUAAAUUUCGGACUCCAUCAAAGCCUAUCGUGCAAAAAAAGCCGUCAAUUCUGCCAAAACCGAAGAAUUUGCAUCGUCUUUCGAGUAUUCAAGAACGCCCCGUAUCCCAAAAAGUCAUUGAAAAGCCAAAUUUGUCGAUAAAAACCUCAAUUGACUCUCAAAAUGAUCUUCUCGCUGCCAUUCGAAGCGGAACAAAGCUUCGUCCUGUGAGACAAAACAUCCCAUCUCUCUCGCCAGCACUCGUUAACAAGGAUUUAGGCAUUGCAGAUGCCCUUCGACUUGCUGUUGAUGCAAAAAUUUCGACUUUAAAUCCCAAAAAUGAGGACGAGGAAACGUAUUUUCCGCCCGAUGAAUGGGAAUGAACCGAAAAUUAGUCGAAAUUGUAAAAAUAAAGGUCAAAAGAAAAGUGAUGAUUAAUUCAUUGAACGCGCUCCGCCACACAAGACUGACUUUUCUCACCGCAUAUC